CUAAAGUCACUACCUUUUUCGAUUGUUUUUGCUUUCAUUUUAUAUUUACCCUCUCAAGUCUCAACACGUCUCAUGCUCUCGUCAGAUGCUCCAAUCUCAGAGACCGAAAUCGUUCCCUGGACUUCCAGUCCUUCGCGUUUCAUGUCUCAAAUGGCUCUCUACCGCCGCCCCCGCCACCCAAAACCCAGAGGACAAUCUCCGUACCUUCUUCACCGGCAGAAUCAACCAAACCCAAACCGACUACGAGCUCGCAUUGGUUUCAGCUUUAAAGUCCUGCUCUUCCCUCGCGGCCUCCUUCCAAGGCCAGCAAAUCCACUCCCUUGUUCUGAAGUCCGGACUGGACUCCAACAAUUUUAUCAAGAACAGCUUGAUUAACACGUACGCCAAAUGCGGCUUCGUUGCCGACGCUGAGUCGCUGUUCGAUUCUUGCUCUAAGUUGGACCCGGUGUCUUGUAAUAUUAUGGUUGCCGGCUAUGUGAAGUCUGGUCGUUUGGAGAGUGCACGCCAGGUGUUUGAGAAAAUGCCUGAGAAGGGAUGUGUCUCAUAUACUACUAUGAUAAUGGGUCUUGCCCAGAAUCAGUGUUGGACCGAAGCCGCUGAGGUUUUCAGGGAUAUGAGGUCAGCGGGGGUGAUCCCGAAUGAGGUGACAAUGGCGACUGUGAUCUCAACUUACUCGCAUUUGGGCGGUAUUUGGAAUAGUCGAAUGCUUCAUGCUCUGGUGAUUAAGUUGCAGCUUGAGGGGUUUGUUCUCGUCUCUACGAAUUUGCUGCACAUGUAUUGGGGUUGUUCGAGUGUAUGCGAUGCGAGAAGUUUGUUUAGUGAAAUGCCUGAGAGGAAUAUAGUUUCGUGGAAUGUCAUGUUGAAUGGGUAUGCAAAAGCUGGGCUUAUCGAUUUGGCUAGAGAGUUGUUUGACAAUAUUCAUGCAAAGGAUGUGGUCUCAUGGGGUACAAUGAUUGACGGGUAUGUGCAAGUGGAGUGGUUGAGUGAAGCUUUGAUGAUGUAUCGGGCAAUGCUGUGUACUGGGCUAGGGCCGAAUGAUGUUAUGCUUGUAGAUUUGAUUUCGGCUUGUGGGCGCUCUGAGGUGGUACAUGAAGGUCAGCAACUUCAUGGGACAAUUGUAAAGGAAGGUUUUGACUGCUAUGAUUUUAUACAGGCAACAGUCAUCAAUUUUUAUGCAGGCUGCGGCGACAUGAACCUUGCUCGUCGUCAGUUUCAAAGGGGCAUCAAGGAGCAUGUUGCAUCUUGGAAUGCCCUGAUUGCAGGAUACAUAAGAAAUGGAAUGAUCAACCAGGCAAUCGCCUUGUUUAAUGAGAUGCCUGAAAAAGAUGUUUUUUCAUGGAGUUCCAUGAUUUCUGGUUAUGCACAGAGUGAUCAACCUGAAUUAGCUCUAGAACUCCUUCAAAGAAUGGUAGCUACUGGGAUCCAACCGAAUGAAAUUACGAUGGUGAGUGUGUUAUCUGGAAUUGCUACAUUAGGCACAUUGGAAGAGGCAAGAUGGGCACAUGAAUACAUAAUUGAAAACUCCAUUCAUCUCAAUGACAAUCUAAGUGCAGCACUCAUUGAUAUGUAUGCCAAGUGUGGGAGUAUCAAUACCGCCUUAGAGGUGUUCUAUCAAAUCCGAGAUAAAACCUCAACAAUCUCACCAUGGAAUGCCAUCGUAUGUGGGUUGGCCAUGCACGGACAUGCAAAGUUAUCCCUUGAAAUAUUUUCAGACUUGCAAAAGCGUAAUAUCAAACUCAAUUCAAUCACAUUCAUCGGCGUCCUAAGUGCAUGUUGCCAUGCUGGCUUCGUGGAGGCUGGGGAGAGGUACUUUAAGAGCAUGAAAAAUGUUUACAACGUAGAACCAAAUAUCAAGCAUUAUGGUUGUAUGGUGGAUCUCCUUGGAAGAGCUGGCCGAGUAGGAGAUGCUGAGAAAAUGAUAAGGAGCAUGCCCAUGAAGGCUGAUGUAGUCAUAUGGGGCACGCUAUUGGCGGCAUGUAGAACACAUGGGAAUCUGGAAAUAGGAGAAAUGGCUGCAGAGAGUUUGACAAGGUUGCAACCAUGUCAUGGCCCAGUUAGAGUUCUCCUAUCCAAUUUAUAUGCAGAUGCAGGGAAGUGGGAAAAAGCCUUUUCAGAGCGGCGAGCAAUGCAGAGCCUAAAACUGGAGAGAUCACCGGGGCACAGUGAUGUUGUAUGAUAAGGGUGCUGGGGUUUUAAAAUAUUCAAAGUUUCCGUCAAUUUGAAGAUGUGGGCUGCUAUACAAUCAUUCUGGAGAGAAAGCUUUCAACUUGUACCAUAAAGAAUUGAAAUAAUU